ACGUCAAUUAUACUAUGGUUGGCUAGGCAAAUCUCGUUCAUUAUUUCUGUCAAAAAAAAAACUAAACGCGUCAGCAACAAUUUGGAUUAUAUGGAAAAAUUAAUCAAUGACAAGAUGGUGGAAAUUGCGAAAAAAGGGCUGUGAGAACUCAAGGAUUUGCGGAUUGCUUAUAAAUAAUUAGAUAUAGGUAGUAAGGUUCGCAGUGCACACCUCGAUAUUCCGUGCAAUAUGACAAUGAGAUCCCUAAUCUUUUUAAGUGCGGUCCUCAUGGUUAGAGGCGAAAUACCGCCAUAUAUAAAGGUAUGCGAACAUACGGUUCAGAAUCUCUCAGCUUGCAUAAUAGACUCCAUCGAAUUUUUACGUCCGAAAUUAGUGGAAGGAAUUCCGGAGCUCGACGUGCCCAGCAUGGAACCGCUUCCGCUUGCGGACUUGAGGAUCGCUUCAAUUGGUUCCGGAUCCCGUUUGGCCACAAACCUCACCGACGUCAAAGUCUACGGGGCGUCUAAGUUUGAAAUACAAAAACUGGAGGUAACUCUCGCGGAGACGGUCAACACCUUCCAAUUUCACGUGAACAUCCCCAAGGUCAGGGUGGAGGCGCAUUACCAGCUGGACUCCAGAAUACUCUUCCUGGACGUGAAAGGCGAAGGACCGUUCUUCGCCAAUAUCACGAACUACUGGUUCGACUGCACCAUGAAGGGGGAUAAGGUGGACAUCGAGGGCAAGAACUACCUGUUCUUUGAGCACAUGACGAUUAAAGUCGUAGUCGGCCACGUUUCGAUACUUUUAGGGAACAUCUUCGACGGUAAUCCCGCACUUUCCAAGGCGACGAACGACGUCAUCAACGAUAACGCCCUCCUGAUCUUCGACGAAAUUAAACCUGCACUCGUGGAGAAGCUCGAGGAAGUCUUUACCGAGAUGGCGAAUAAGAUUACGCUUAAAUUCGAGUACGAGGCGUUAUUUCCUUAGCUUUCGCCCCCUUUUGUUCAUAUACUGUAUCUCAUUUAUCUAUAAUAGUUAUGUUUUGCGUUUUGGGCUGUUGCAGCAUCCUGAAGCAAAAUAAACCACACAUCAAAUGCAACAAC